AAGUGUUCGCAGCCGGUGGUGUGCAGGCCGGGCACCCUGCUGCCCGUGUGGAAGCCCCUGAGCCCCGGGCUGGGCGACCAGGUGGCCAGGGCCGUGGUCUACUUCACCUGUCUCAUGUACAUGUUCCUGGGAGUGUCCAUCAUCGCAGACCGUUUCAUGGCCUCUAUCGAGGUCAUAACCUCACAGGAGAAGGAGGUGACCAUCACCAUGCCAAGCGGUGAGACAUCUGUGGCCACUGUACGUAUCUGGAACGAGACUGUGUCCAACUUGACUCUGAUGGCUCUAGGCUCCUCCGCCCCAGAGAUCCUGCUGUCUGUCAUCGAGGUGUGUGGGCAUGGGUUUGAGGCGGGUGAGCUGGGCCCUGGCACCAUCGUGGGCAGCGCCGCCUUCAACAUGUUUGUGAUCAUCGCCAUCUGUGUGUGGGUCAUCCCUGAAGGAGAGACCAGGAAGAUCAAACACCUGCGUGUGUUCUUCAUCACAGCCUUCUGGAGUAUCUUCGCCUAUAUCUGGCUCUUCCUCAUCCUCUCUGUCAUCUCACCCGGAGUAGUGGAGGUGUGGGAGGCUCUGGUCACCCUGCUCUAUUUCCCAGUGUGUGUGAUCCUGGCCUGGAUCGCCGACCGACGCCUGCUCUUCUACAAGUACAUGGCCAAGCGUUACCGUGCCGACAAGCACGGCAUCGUCGUGGAGACGGAGGGGGACACAACCCCGAAAGGCUUCGAGAUGAUUAUGGACGGAAAGUUCCCUCCGAGCGGAGGGGGGGUGGGAAUGAUGCCCAGUGAGAACUACCAGGAUGGUGCCAACAAUGCGGCGGGCACCAUGGCUUAUCUGCCCAACUCCAACAGCACCAUGGUGACCGUAGAGAAUACCAAGGAGCUAGACGAGAGCCGCAAGGAGGUGAUCCGCAUUCUGAAGCAGCUGAAACAGAAGUUUCCGGACAAGGAGCUGGAUCAGCUGGUAGAUCUAGCUAACUACUACGCCCUCCUCCAUCAGCAGAAGAGCCGCGCCUUCUACCGCAUCCAGGCUACGCGCAUGAUGACCGGCGCCGGCAACGUGCUCAAGAGGCACGCCGCCGACCACACCCGCCGCGCCGCCGCGGUGGACGAGGAAGUGGUCUGCGAGGACGACGACCUGGCUGAGUGCAGCCGACUGGCGUUUGAGAGCACCCACAGCCAGUGUAUGGAGAACUGCGGCGUACUAAGGCUGGCUGUGGUGUGUCAAGGGGGCCUGGGGGAGAGCACCUUCUACGUGGACUACCGGACCGAGGACGGCUCGGCCAAUGCCGGGUCCGACUACGAGUACAGCGAGGGAACGCUGGUGUUCAAACCCGGAGAGACACGCAAGGAGAUCAAGGUCGGCAUCAUCGAUGAUGACAUCUUCGAGGAGGAUGAGCACUUUUUCGUGCGGCUGCUCAACCUGCGCAUUGGUGACGCCGAGGGGAUGUUCGAAAGUGAUGAGCCAGGAGCGGGACCCAAGGGCCACCUGGUGGAGCCACUGGUUGCCACGGUGACCAUCCUGGACGACGACCAUGCUGGCAUCUUCACAUUCCGUGAUCGGCUGGUGCGCGUCAGCGAGAGCGUUGGCACCAUGGAGAUCUCAGUGGUGAGGAACUCGGGCGCCCGCGGCACGGUGAUCCUGCCCUAUCACACGGAGGCGGGCACUGCGAAGGGGGGCGGCGUGGACUACGAGGACACCCGGGGAGAGCUGGAGUUCUCCAACGACCAGACAACUCAGACCCUGCAGGUGAGGAUCAUUGACGAUGAGGAGUAUGAGAAAAAGGAGAACUUCUUCAUCAUACUAGAGGAACCGCGCUGGCUGAAGAGGGGAAUCUCAGCCCUUCUGCUUAACCAAGGUAAGACCAUCACUGAUGAUGCAGAUCCUGAUGGCCAGAUGAGUGCAGAGGAGGAGGAGGCGAGGCGCAUUGCAGAGAUGGGAAAGCCCAUCUUGGGGGAGCACAGCCGGCUGGAAGUGGUCAUUGAGGAGUCUUAUGAGUUCAAGAGCACCGUUGACAAGCUCAUUAAGAAGACCAACUUGGCCCUUGUGAUUGGCACGCACUCCUGGAGGGAGCAGUUCGUGGAAGCUGUGACUGUCAGCGCAGGUGAUGGUGAUGACGAUGAUGAAGAGGGGCGUGAGGAGCGUCUGCCAUCCUGCUACGACUACGUCAUGCACUUCCUGACGGUGUUCUGGAAGGUUCUGUUCGCCUUCGUUCCGCCCACCGAGUACUGGAAUGGCUGGGCCUGCUUCUUCGUGUCCAUCUCGGUUAUCGGCAUCCUGACUGCUGUCAUCGGGGACCUAGCCUCCCACUUCGGCUGCACCGUCGGUCUCAGGGACACUGUCACUGCCGUGGUGUUUGUGGCUCUGGGUACUUCCAUUCCCGACACGUUUGCCAGCAAGGUGGCGGCUACGCAGGACCAGCACGCUGACGCGUCGGUGGGCAAUGUUACGGGCAGCAACGCGGUCAACGUAUUCCUUGGCAUCGGGGUGGCGUGGUCGGUGGCGGCCGUCUACUGGAAGGUGCAGGGCAAGGAAUUCCGCGUGGACCCGGGCUCCCUUGCCUUCUCCGUCACCCUCUUCACCAGCUUCGCCUUCAUCUGCAUGGGCGUGCUACUGUUCCGCCGGCGGCCCUCUAUCGGGGGGGAGCUGGGCGGGCCGCGGACAGCACGCAUCAUCACCAGCCUCUUCUUCCUGGGCCUCUGGUUCCUCUACGUCCUCUUCUCCAGCCUGGAGGCCUACUGCCACAUAGAGGGCUUUUAG